UAUUCGGUUAUUUAUAAUUGUGAUUGAACGUUAGUUUAAUUUUUAUAAAUGAAGUGUUUUAUUGUUUUAUGUGUGUGUGCAUUAGUUGAAGGAGUACGAUUGUCAUAUAUUCAUCGGAACGAUAAAAAGUGUGGAGUGGAAGCGAGUACAAAUCUUAUCCACCGUAAUCCAUGGCUGGUAUUCGUGGAGUUCCAGCGUAAGGACAGCAUCAUCGACAUCCGCUGUGCUGGUACCUUGGUGGGCAAGAGGCAUAUAAUCACAGCAGCUCAUUGUGUUAAGAAACAUAGAUAUAAUAAAUUAAUAGCGCGCUUGGGUGAAUAUGACACAUCGAAACGAAAAGACUGUCUGCUGGGUGUUUGCGCUGAUCCUGUGGUGAGGAUCGAAGUGGAAACUGUCAUCAUCCAUGAUGGAUACAAUGGCAAUGGGUAUGGCAAUGAUAUUGCCAUCCUCGUGUUAAAGACUGCAGCUCCAUAUACCGAUUUUAUUCGCCCAGCAUGCUUACCCAACGGUCCAGUUGACGAAACUGUACUCCUCUUUGCCGCUGGAUGGGGGGAGUUGACCACUUCCUCCCAUUACAGUGAUGUGAAGAAAAUCAUCCCCCUCCCUUUAUGGUCUCCCGCCGAGUGCAGAGCCGUAUAUCCUCACACAAAUUUACCUGAGGACAUCAUCUGUGCGGGGGGUGAAAAAAAUAUGGAUACAUGUCGAGGGGAUUCUGGAGGUCCAUUGAUAUGGAUUCGCGAACGAGCCGAGCUACGCGGAGUUACCAGCACUGGUUACAUCCAUUGCGGAACUGAAAAUGCCCCUGGUCUAUAUACCAGCGUUGAAUAUCACCUGCCAUGGAUAGAAGCAACUAUAUAUGGCUAUUAA